CAGUAGCCAGACGCGCUCCGAGCUGUGUGGUGGCAGUAGGCAUUCAGUGUGAAUAGGGAGCGUGCGCCCGACGGACCGUCAGUGUCCCCGCUUUGCUCCUCGCUAGAGUGCGUUUCUCGUCUGAACCCCCAAAUUUUUUGGGGCGCCUCUCCCGCGCGUUUGGGGAAAAGUUGUGGGUGGGACGGCAGCAGUUUGCGGCGCCACCGACGGCGCAGCGCUGAAGACAGAGCAGCGAGUUCCGCCGGCACCGGAGCGGUCGCGCCGCGGGUGAAUGCUGCGAGCCGCGGCCGCCGUGCCGUCGCCAGCCGCCUGCGCCGCCAGUCCAGCCCGCUGUUCGCGCCGUAGUCGUCGCUCCCCGCGGUCAAGCUGUACGCGCACAGGGAAGAAGAUAUGCUCACGAUGGAGACGGACCUUAAGGGGGGAAGCCUCCACGGGCAGAUGCCGCCGCACCACGCGGCGGCUGGCCUGCACGGGCACGCCGUGUCCACGUACGGCGCGCUCAGCUCCAUCGUGCACAGCUCGGCGCUGUCCGGCAACGUCAUGGGCGGCGUCAUGAGCCUCGGCCCGCCGCCCCCGCACACGCUGCAGCAGCAACAGCAGCAGCAACAACAACAGCAGCAGCAACAGCACCAGCACCACGCGGCGCUGGCCCACCACCAGCACCAACAGCAGCAGCACCAACAGCAGAGCGCGCUGGCCGCGCAGCAGCAACAGCACCACCAGACUCAGACGCAGCAGUCGCAGGCGCCGCCGCAGCAACAGCACCACGGCCCGCCUAACAACAAUACCGCCAGCAGCAAGAACCAGAACGUCGACCGCGUCAAGAGGCCGAUGAACGCCUUCAUGGUGUGGUCGCGCGGCCAGCGCCGCAAGAUGGCCCAGGAGAACCCGAAAAUGCAUAACUCUGAGAUUUCCAAGAGGCUGGGUGCCGAGUGGAAGCUGCUGUCGGAGUCGGAGAAGCGGCCCUUUAUCGACGAGGCGAAGAGGCUGCGCGCCGUGCACAUGAAAGAGCACCCGGACUACAAGUACCGGCCGCGCCGUAAGACGAAGACGCUGCUGAAGAAGGACAAGUAUCCGGGCCUGGCGGGCGGGAUAUUACCGGGCGGUGGCGACGCGGCGUCCAGGAGCGCGGCGGCCGCCGCUGCAGCCACGGCCGCCGCGGUCCAGCAGGCGGUCAACCGCGGGGACGUCUACCAGAUGCCGAACGGCUACAUGCCCAACGGCUACAUGAUGCACCACCAUCACCACCACCACCACGAGGCCUACCAGCAGCAGCAGCAGGCGGCGUACAACGCGCACAUGGCGGCGGCCAGCGGGGGCGGCUACGCGCCGCGCUACGACAUGUCGCAGAUGCACCCCAACGCGGCGACGGCGGCGGCCGCGAGCGCCUACAUGAACGGCGCGGCGGCGUCCUACGGCGGCAUGUACGCCACCGCCGCCGCGGCCGCGGGGCCCGGCUCCGGGGGCGGCGGCCAGCCCGGCGCCACCAACGGCAGCGUCACCGUGCCCGGCGGCGCCGGCUCGCCAUACCAGCAGCCGUCGCAGAUGUCGCCCGGCAGCUCGAGCAUCAAGUCGGAGCCCGUGUCGCCCGGCAGCGCGGGCCUGCACACGCCCACGCCGGUGGUGAAGCGCGAGUACGCCGCCGCCCCCGCGCAGGGCGACCUGCGCCAGAUGAUCUCCAUGUACCUGCCCACCGACCCGUCUGCCGGCGUGCCCGACCACCACCAGCAGCAACAGCAGCAGCACCAGCAGCAGCAGCAACAGCAGGCGGCGGCGGCCGCGGCGCGCUACUACCACCAGCACUCCGCGUCGCCCGACCCCAUGGCGGCACAGAUGCAGACGCUGGCGCACAUGUAGGGACCGGCGCCGCCGCUCGCCGCGGCGGCCGCCGCCGACAUCAGCCAGUGCCAGACGCCCACGCCGCCCCCGCAGGCGGCGCACCUCCAGCA